CUUCCGGUCCGAGUAGCCGGAAGCACCGCCUCCAGGACGUGCCAGUGCUGCUCGCUGCUUACCGAGUGCACCGCGGCCUCGAUGCUUACCGAGCCCACGGCGGCCUCCCCGCUUACCGAGCGCACGGCGGCCUCGAUGCUUACCGAGCCCACGGCGGCCUCCCCGCUUACCGAGCGCACGGCGGCCUCGAUGCUUACGGAGCGCACCGCGGCCUCGAUGCUUACCGAGCGCACCGCGGCCUCGAUGCUUACCGAGCGCACCGCGGCCUCGAUGCUUACCGAGCGCACCGCGGCCUAGAUGCUUACGGAGCGCACAGCGGCCUAGAUGCUUACCGAGCGCACCGCGGCCUAGAUGCUUACCGAGCGCACCGCGGCCUAGAUGCUUACCGAGCGCACCGCGGCCUAGAUGCUUACGGAGCGCACAGCGGCCUAGAUGCUUACGGAGCGCACAGCGGCCUAGAUGCUUACGGAGCACACCGCGGCCUAGAUGCUUACGGAGCGCACAGCGGCCUAGAUGCUUACGGAGCGCACAGCGGCCUAGAUGCUUACCGAGCGCACCGCGGCCUAGAUGCUUACGGAGCGCACAGCGGCCUAGAUGCUUACGGAGCACACCGCGGCCUAGAUGCUUACCGAGCGCACAGCGGCCUCGAUGCUUACCGAGCGCACCGCGGCCUCGAUGCUUACCGAGCGCACAGCGGCCUAGAUGCUUACCGAGCGCACCGCGGCCUAGAUGCUUACCGAGCGCACAGCGGCCUAGAUGCUUACCGAGCGCACCGCGGCCUAGAUGCUUACCGAGCGCACAGCGGCCUCGAUGCUUACGGAGCGCACAGCGGCCUAGAUGCUUACCGAGCGCACCGCGGUGCACCGCGGCCUCCCGGCUUACCGAGCGCACGGCGGCUGCUGCAAACACAGCGUGGGCCGCAG